UCUACAUUACACCCCAUCGAUUUUCUUCAGUUCAGACCGACAAAGAAGCCGCGUUUUAGAGAGAGAAAGUCUUCUUCUUUCAAAUUUCUCCGGACAAAUCCUUGAAAUUCUCCCCUGUUUUGAUUUUUGAGCAACUUUUUCGACACCGAAUUAUAAUCAUGACUAUCUCAAGACGUGUUGCUGACAGGAAGAACGAAAAGUUCCAGAAGAACGUCACAAAGAGAGGCUUUGUUCCCGAGACAACGGUUAAGAAGGGUUCCGAUUACCCUGUCGGGCCUAUUUUGUUGGGGUUCUUUGUAUUUGUUGUCAUUGGCUCAUCUCUUUUCCAGAUUAUCAGGACAGCCACGAGUGGGGGAAUGGCUUGAUUGCACAAUAUGUUACAGUCCACAGAAAUAGUAGUAAUAUAAUCGAGAUGGAAUGUACCAACUGCAUGUGUUGUUCGAACCCAACUUAAUAAAGAAGAUGCAGUGAUGCACAUUCUCUA